AUGGGAAACGCCAGCUCCAAAGAUGGUGGAUCCGGUUCCAAGGGUUACGCCUCUGCUAAUGGCUCGGCUGGCCCCCCGAUGAGCAGGUCGGAGACGAAGGAAUCCACCCGAUCGCUCAAAAGUUCUCUACGUUCUAGGAUCCCCGGAUCCUCCAAGACCGAUAGCCCUAGGUCUUCUACGCUGCUCUCUAAUGGGGACGCCGUGAAUGACAGGGGCGAUGCGGCAUCGGUUAAGUCCGGCAAGAGUGGCCGGUCAGCAACCUCCCGACAUAGCCGGUACGAGGCUACGACCUCUACAACAUCGCCAACUGACGCCGAUCUCGCCUCUCCAGAUGCGCCGACUCAUGAGGAGGAAGAGGAGGAAGAGCAUCGGCCGCCUUCUCCCGUGGUGGGCAGCUCCAUUAGCGCUGGACACAAGGAUGUCGAUAGCGCCAGGGCAUCAGGCGAAGUCGGUAAUGUGUCCGACCAGCCGUUGGCCGAGGCCAAAUCUGGUCUCCAUAGCUCUCUCCACCAACCUGGUAAGCCGAUCCUCGUCAAGCGCGAGGCUCAGGUGAACGUGGUUAAGGAAGGCGCUUCGAAGCCAGAUGAGAACAACACCAACGUGUCCAUGAGUGAAAUCAAGGACAUUGAUUUGGACGAUUUUAUCAAGCGUCUUUUGGAUGCCGGGUAUACUGGAAAGGUUACCAAGAGCGUCUGUCUAAAGAACGCGGAGAUAAUCGCCAUCUGCCAAAGGGCUCGCGAGGUUUUCUUGUCCCAGCCUGCGCUGCUUGAGCUAGACGCCCCCGUGAAAAUCGUUGGCGACGUCCAUGGCCAGUACACCGACCUCAUCCGCCUCUUCGAAAUGUGCGGCUUCCCCCCCUCCUCCAACUACCUCUUCCUCGGCGACUACGUCGAUCGUGGCAAGCAGUCCCUGGAGACCAUUCUCCUCCUACUCUGCUACAAGCUCAAGUACCCCGAGAACUUUUUUCUCCUGCGAGGGAACCACGAAUGCGCCAACGUUACUCGAGUGUACGGCUUCUACGACGAAUGCAAGCGCCGAUGCAAUGUCAAGAUCUGGAAGACUUUCGUCGAUUGCUUCAACACCCUGCCCAUCGCCGCUAUCGUCGCAAGCAAGAUCUUUUGCGUGCAUGGUGGUCUGUCGCCUGCGCUGUCCCACAUGGAUGACAUCCGCAACAUAGCCCGCCCUACCGAUGUUCCCGAAUAUGGAUUGUUGAAUGAUCUGCUAUGGUCUGAUCCUGCUGAAAUGGAGCAAGACUGGGAAGCCAAUGAAAGAGGCGUCAGUUAUUGUUUCGGAAAGAGAGUCAUUAUGCAGUUCCUCGCCGAUCACGACUUUGAUUUGAUCUGCCGCGCGCACAUGGUGGUUGAGGAUGGAUAUGAAUUUUUCAAUGACCGGGUACUUGUUACCGUCUUCAGUGCUCCCAACUACUGUGGCGAAUUUGACAACUGGGGAGCUGUGAUGUCAGUGUCAUCAGAGCUACUAUGCAGCUUCGAGCUGCUUAAGCCACUCGACUCUAGCGCGCUGAAGAGCCACAUCAAAAAGAGUAGAAACAAGAGGCAGACUAUGCUCAACAGUCCGCCCGCGAGUGUUCAGCCUCAGAGUGUAUGA